AAAACUAGACUCUGGUUCAACGACUAUUCUUCCCGAAACGGCAACUCAAAUCUCAACUGAAACGACGGAAUCAAAAAUUUUGCUCUCAACCCCUACACAAAUUCAAACCACUACUACGACAAUUCCAACUACUAAAACGACUUCAACGACCAUCAACCCAGCUCUGGUAGGAAAAUGCUCGACAAACGAAAUUGCUGCAGUCAACCGGUCCCUUUUUGCAACUAAUGGAGAGCUUGCUGAUCCGGACUUGCACGGAUUCUGGCUGGACGCGUGCGGCCAAUCAAUUUUACUAGGAAAAUCUCUGGGCACUUGGCACGAAAACUCUGACAAGUGCUUUGGCCUGAAAAUGAAGCCGUUUGCUAUCGAAAGCAAAGAGAAGCUCGAGUGCAUGAAACUCCAAGCAAAGAGCUGGAAAUUUAACAUGAAUUACUGGACGGGCGGCGCGAAGGACCUGGCGAGCGGCACCUUUGGGUGGUGCUCGGCCAACGGUUCCGCGCCCUGGCUGGACGUCCUGCCCUUGGCCAACCCUGCAAAGGACCAGAAUUGCGUCCAGAUGCAAAUUUCCAAAGCAAACGGCUCUGUUUCGAUCAGCGGCAAGCGUUGUUCAGACAGAACCAUUUUCGCCUGCCAGGGUCCGCCGACGAAAGGUCCCAAGUGCGCAAGUCCUGUUUGCCCAAACGUCACAUGCCAGAGAGAUCCAAUGCUUUUUACUUCAACGGCUAAUGGGAAAUCAAUGGUUCUAAAAAGUAUGACAUAA